GAACAGAGGAGAGCUGAAGGGGACCAUGUGACACUCCUCCUGGCCUCCCCUGGACCCACACAGGAACCAGAGGCCUCAGCCUUGGAGUCAUGGCCAGUCCUGAGCACCCUGGAAGCCCUGGAUGGAUGGGACCCAUUGCCCAGUGCGCGACAGGGACCAAGCAGGAAGCAGCAGCCACUGGCCCAGACCUCCCAUGUCCAGGACCCGAUGAACACUUGGGGAAGGAUUCUCAUCGUUCCCGAGAUCCUCAGAAGGGCUCACCGCCCAAGGGAGGUCGAAGACACACUGUUCGGUUUGCAGACACCCCUGGCGGCCCCAGCCCCAACUCCAGCAUGACCACCGGGGAGCUGCAGGAGUACUGGCGGAAGGAGAAAGCCAGCCUGGGCGCGUCAAGCUACUCUUUGAGGUUGUCCAUUGCGGCCGAGGAGGAGAGAAAAAGUCUCAGACCGUGUAUGUACCAAAUCGUCGUCAUCCAGACAGGGAGUUUUGACAGCAACAAAGCCGUGCUGGAGCGGCGCUAUUCAGACUUUGAGACGCUCCAGAAAAACCUCCUCAAGACGUUCAGGGAAGAGAUCGAGGAUGUCGUCUUCCCCAAGAAGCACCUGAUGGGCAACUUCACGGAGGAGAUGAUCUCCGAGCGCAAGUUGGCCUUCAAGGAGUACCUGAGCCUGCUCUACGCCAUCCGCUGUGUGCGGCGGUCCCGCGAGUUCAUCGAUUUCCUAACCCGGCCGGAGCUCAGGGAGGCCUUUGGCUGCCUGCGAGGCGGCCAGUACACCAGGGCCCUGGACAUCCUGGUGCGCGUGGUGCCCCUGCAGGAGAAGCUGACGGCCCACUGCCCCGUAAUGGUGGUCCCCGCCCUCUGUGCCAUGCUGGUGUGCCACCGUGACCUUGAACGCCCUGCUGAAGCCUUUGCGGUGGGUGAGAGGGCCCUCCAGUGCCUGCAAGCCCGGGAGGGCCAUCGCUACUAUGCCCCCCUGCUGGACGCCAUGAUCCGCCUGGCCUACACGCUGGGCAGAGACUUCAUUUCGCUGCAGAAAAGGCUGCAGGAGAGCCAGCUCCGGAAGCCCACCCCCUGGGGCCUCACCCUGAAGGAACUCACCGUGCGGGAAUAUCUGUACUGAGCCCCUCUGGCAGGCGGGCUGGAGACUUGGGGUCACCGCUGCUCGGUGGGCGGUUUGGGGUUCGCGUUUUAGUGGGCAGAGCCACGUUGGACCCUAGGUUGCUGGGUGACCUUGGACAAGUCCUUCCUCUGGCCCUCCGUUUCCCCAUCUCUGUUGAACAGAGGUCCCUCGGGGCAUCCUUGGAAGCCUCCGCUCGAGUCCUGUGUCCCUUCGAUGCCAGGUUCACCUCAUCUCAAAACCCCGAACCCAGCUGCCCAAAUGCCAGAGAGUGAGAUCCAUCUUUCUGGUGCUUUUGCAGGUAGCUGGAGGGGAGGUUGACAUUGCACGCCACGGACAAAGCUUAACCCAUCUCGUACAGACCGCUCUCUCCAGCUGUCCUCUCUUUCCUCUCUGCUCCUUCUCCCUGACCUUGCCUGCAGAUAUCCCCACCGUUAUCCUAAAUAUUCCAGCUCUUCCCUCUUAGCGUGUAAACCUGACUCGGCAAAACAAAAGCUCAUCCACUGCUCCUCAAGGCCAACUUUGUCCCUAAGAUGGGGUGCAUGGGACCCUUUGAAGGGCGGAGGGACACUGGGCUAGAACAUAAUCAUGU